AUGGUCCAGUACUCAGUCCCGAGCAACUAUACCUUUUCUCCGUCCUCGGCUACUCCUCACCUGACCAUCAACCACGAUGUUGUUGCCGAUCUGGACUCAAGCAACGCCUUUGAGGGCCCGGAAAAGCUUCUAGAGGUUUGGUUUGCGCCCAGCGCCGAUGCUCUACCUGUCAAUGCCUCUCCUCUCGGUCUCAAGGCUGUCGACAAGGAGACUUGGGAGUCCAUGCUUGACAUGGUUCACUGCAAAGUUCUCUCCGUUCUCGAGUCCGAGACUGUCGACGCCUACCUCUUGUCCGAGUCGAGCAUGUUUGUCUUCCCCCACAAGCUGAUUCUCAAGACUUGCGGUACCACUACACUUCUUCUUGGUCUUCAGCGCCUUCUCCAUAUUGCUGCUGCCAAUGCCGGCUUCCCGUUUAGCAACGCCAGCUCCGUCGACAGCAUUCGCGCUGCCGCUACCCCGUACCGCGUCUUUUAUAGUCGCAAGAAUUUUCUCUUCCCCGAUCAACAGCGCGGCCCUCACCGCAGCUGGAAGCAGGAAGUCAAGUACCUCGACGAUAUGCUCGGCCACGGAAGCGCUUACAUGGUCGGCAAAAUGAACGGUGAUCAUUGGUACCUCUACCUAACCCCGCCCAACCAGGAGCUCACUCCCCCCAUCACGCCUCAGUCCGAGACCAAUGAGAAAAUCAUCGAAACCGACGACAGCCCGGAUCUUGGUCUCAUUGAGUCGAGCGGUGAUGAGCAUGUUGACGAGACCUUGGAGAUUCUCAUGACUGAUCUUGAUCCUGAGAAUGCAAAGCAGUUCUUCCUUUCGCACGCGAGUGCGGUCGCUUGCGAUAGGAUGGCUGCUGAGAACAAGGCUCGCUGCUCCGCAAUCCAUGAAGAUAGUUCUGAGCCGCUGGAUGAAGUUGACGUCUUCAGCAACGGAAGCGACUCUGACUUGCACGAUGAAGUCAACACGCCUGUGGUUGACGAGUCUCUCACCACCGAAGGCCACGCUCUUGGCACCGUCAUCUCUGACAACUGUGGACUGGCGAAUGUCUACCCUACCUCGGUCUAUCCCGAUGCCCGCAUCGACGCUUACCUUUUUAGUCCCUGCGGAUUCUCUGCCAAUGGUGUCGUGCCGGCCCCGCCCAAUGCGGACGGCGAAAGCAAGGCUUGCCACUACUUUACCGUGCACGUCACCCCUGAGGACGGUUUUUCCUAUGCUUCGUUCGAAACCAAUGUGCCCGGCGGACAGAACGGUCGUGACACUGCGGAAAUUAUUGAGCAUGUGGUUGACAUUUUCAAGCCGGGCCGCUUCAGCGUCACGCUUUUUGAAGCCAAGGGCCGCCGGGCCAACCCCUACGGCGCCGGUGCUGACCGAAUUCGCGGUCUCGCCAGCAAGCGUCUCGCUGACCCUGUCCCUGGCUACAAGCGCGUUGACCGAAUUGUGCACGACUUUGACGACUAUAACCUCGUCUUUCGUUUCUUCGAGAAGGAUGGCUUCGCAGGUCCAAGGGGUGCUCGUGUUGGGGAGGAGUAA